CCAUCACUGAUUGACACCACGACUGUGGACUGCUAAAUUAUUCUCCUCUCAACUUCUAGACCUACACUCUCUCCUGGAUGCCCUGACACUGCCACUCUUCCUUCACCGGAUGCGGACUUUUAUGCCAUCGACGGCGGCAUCUACAUAGUGAGCUGGAGUUGAGACGAGGUGCUUUUCUUUACCGCUGGUUUGAAUAGCUGAAAGGGAGGUCCCUGGACCGUUGGCUCCCACCCCAUCAACGGCCACGACAGAGACAGCAACGGCGACGGCGACAGACGAUAUGGCCCACAUUUACGACGUUGGAACGCGGGCAUGGCAGCCGGACCCGACCGACGGCUGGGUGGCCUCUGAGGUCACUGACAAGAAGGUGGAGGGGGACAAGGUGAAGCUGUUCUUCAAGCUUCAGAAUGGCGAGACCAAAACAGUGCAGACUACCAUUGCCGCCAUCCGGGACGGCAACGACCCGAAUCUCCCGCCGUUGAUGAACCCGGCGAUGCUCGAAGCCAGCGAUGACCUUACCAAUCUGUCGCAUUUGAAUGAGCCGGCUGUGCUCCAGGCGAUCAAGCUGCGAUAUGCGCAGAAGGAGAUUUACACUUACUCGGGUAUUGUCCUGAUUGCCACGAACCCCUUCGCGAGGGUGGACUCGUUGUAUGUGCCUGGAAUGGUGCAGGUCUAUGCGGGAAAACAGAGAUCCUAUGGUGCCCCGCAUCUGUUUGCCAUUGCGGAGGAAGCUUUCGCAGACAUGCUCCGCGACCAGAAGAACCAGACCAUUGUCGUAUCUGGAGAGUCUGGAGCUGGUAAGACCGUCAGCGCCAAAUACAUCAUGCGAUAUUUUGCAACGCGAGAAUCCCCGGAUAGUCCCGGCAAGCGGUCAAGAGGCCGCGCAGACGCCAUGAGCGAGACAGAAGAACAGAUUUUGGCUACCAAUCCCAUCAUGGAGGCUUUUGGUAACGCCAAGACCACUAGGAACGACAACUCUUCCCGAUUCGGUAAAUACAUUGAGAUCAUGUUCAACAAGCGAACAGACAUCAUCGGCGCAAAGAUUAGAACAUAUUUGCUCGAACGGUCGAGAUUGGUGUUUCAGCCACUCAAGGAGAGAAAUUACCACAUCUUCUACCAGCUAAUUGCGGGUGCCACAGAUCAGGAGCGCCAGGAGUGGAGUCUGAAACCAGUUGAGGAGUUUGAAUACCUCAACCAGGGCAGUUCGCCGACGAUUGCUGGUGUUGAUGACAAGGCGGAAUUCGACGCUACACGGAAAUCUCUGACAACAAUUGGAGUGUCUACGGAUACUCAGCAACAAAUUUUCCGCCUCCUUGCGGCCCUGUUACAUCUGGGAGAUGUAAAGAUUACUGCGACUCGAACAGACUCCGCCCUCGAUCCCGCAGAGCCGGCCCUCGUCAAGGCAUGUGGGCUGCUCGGAAUUAACCCAGCCAACUUUGCGAAAUGGACUGUGAAGAAGCAACUGAUUACAAGAGGCGAGAAGAUUAUGUCAAAUUUGACCCAACAGCAGGCCGUAGUUGUUCGGGACUCAGUCGCCAAAUUUAUUUAUUCGAGUCUGUUUGAUUGGUUGGUCGACAUAACCAACCACAGCCUUGCCACAGAAGAGGUUAUCAGCCACGCCACCUCGUUCAUUGGUGUACUCGAUAUUUACGGUUUCGAGCAUUUUGCAAAGAACUCAUUCGAGCAGUUCUGUAUCAACUAUGCGAACGAAAAACUGCAACAAGAGUUCAACCAGCACGUUUUUAAGCUCGAGCAAGAGGAGUAUCUCCGGGAACAGAUCGACUGGACAUUUAUCGACUUUUCCGACAACCAACCUUGUAUUGACCUUAUUGAAGGCAAGCUCGGUGUUUUGUCGCUACUUGAUGAAGAAUCGCGUCUCCCCAUGGGUUCGGAUGAGCAGUUCGUGACCAAGCUUCACCAUAAUUUCGCCGCAGACAAGCAGAAGUUUUAUAAGAAGCCUCGCUUUGGAAAAUCUGCGUUUACUGUCUGCCAUUACGCUGUGGAUGUCACCUAUGAAUCCGAUGGAUUUAUAGAAAAGAACAGAGACACCGUGCCGGAUGAGCACAUGGAGGUCCUCAAGGGCUCCUCCAAUAAGUUCCUUGGGGAAGUCUUGCAGGUUGCUGCAUCGAUUAGGGAGAAGGAGACUGCCGCCACUGCAUCAGCGAGGCCAGGUGCUGCCAUGGCUGCGGGACGCAGGAUCGCUGUGAACCGGAAACCGACUCUUGGAGGCAUUUUCAAGUCUUCUCUGAUCGAGCUGAUGUCAACUAUCAACUCGACUGACGUCCACUACAUCCGAUGUAUCAAGCCGAACGAGGGUAAGGAGGCGUGGAAGUUCGAAGGCCCCAUGGUUCUCAGCCAGCUCCGAGCUUGUGGUGUUCUAGAGACUGUGCGAAUCAGUUGUGCGGGUUAUCCCACAAGAUGGACGUACGAGGAAUUCGCCUUACGAUACUACAUGCUGGUGCCAUCCUCACACUGGACUCCCGAGAUCCGUGAUAUGGCGAAGCAGAUUCUUCGGAGAGCUUUGGGGGCAGGCAAGAAUGACGGAACCGACAAGUACCAGAUGGGUCUCACCAAGAUCUUCUUUCGUGCUGGUAUGCUUGCUUUCCUUGAGAACCUGCGAACUGCCAGACUUAACGACGCCGCAAUCAUGAUCCAAAAAAAUCUUCGGUGCAAGUAUUAUCGACGCAAGUAUCUCGAAACACGCGCUUCGAUCAUUGCUUUGCAAUCCUUGGCUCGCGGUUACAUCGAAAGAGAACGUGCGGAAGAGGCCAGGCAAGUCAAGGCCGCGACCACCAUCCAGCGUAUCUGGCGUGGCACCAAGGAUCGGAGAGCAUUCCACGUCAUCCGCAACUCCGUCAUCUUGUUCCAGGCCACAGCAAAGGGACACUUGCUUCGCAAAAACCUUAUGGAUACUCGCCUCGGCAAUGCCGCCAGAAUUAUACAGCGCAACUGGCGACAGCAAAGGCAACUCCGAUCCUGGAGGCAGUACAGGAGAAAGAUUGUCAUCAUACAGAGUCUCUACAGAGGAAAGAAGGCUCGUGUCGAAUACAAGUCUCUUCGCGAGGAAGCCCGCGAUCUCAAGCAGAUCUCCUACAAGCUGGAGAACAAGGUCGUCGAGCUUACACAGUCUUUGGGUACGAUGAAGGCUCAAAACAAGGCCCUGCAGAACCAAGUCGACAACUACGAAGGCCAGAUCAAGUCAUACAAGGAGCGGAGUCGUGCACUCGAGACCCGGCAAAAGGAGCUUCAGGCGGAAGCCAACCAGGCUGGUAUCACGGCUGCCAAAUUGAGCGCCAUGGAAACCGAGUUCAAGAAGCUGCAGACCAAUUACGACGAGAGCACCGCCAAGAUGCGUCACUUGCAGGAGGAAGAGAAGCAGCUCCGCGACUCGCUCAAGAGGACUACGGAGGAACUCGACUCGGCCAAGAGGAGGAGCAAUGUCACGGAGACAGAGAAGAUGUCUCUUCGACAACAGCUAGCCGAUCUGCAAGACCAGGUCGAGAUGCUCAAGCGGUCAGGACCGAUCAAUGGCGAGAUGACGAACGGCCACGGACCAAUUGGCGGCCCAAUUAUGGGCGCCAGCAGCUUGAUCAAACUCGUGUCUUCGAAGAAGCCAAAGCGGCGCAGUGCUGGCCCCGACACCCGCGACUUGGAUCGCUUCAGUUCUUCAUACAGCCCGCGACCCGUGUCGAUGGCUAUUGGAUCUACCAUCCACCGACAGAACCUCUCUGGCUCUACGUUCAACCCUAACAUGGAUACUAUUGAGCUUGAGCUUGAAAACAUCCUUGCUGAUGAAGACAUGCUGAAUGAUGAAGUCACACUCGGUCUCAUCAAGAAUCUCAAGAUCCCAUCCCCCACCACCACUCCACCACCUACCGAUAAGGAAGUUCUGUUCCCCGCUUACCUCAUCAACCUUGUCACCUCUGAGAUGUGGAACAAUGGCUUCGUCAAGGAGUCCGAGCGCUUCCUUGCCAAUGUCAUGCAAUCGAUUCAGCAAGAGGUUAUGCAGCACGACGGCGACGAGGCAAUCAACCCUGGCGCUUUCUGGCUGUCCAAUGUCCAUGAGAUGCUAUCUUUUGUCUUCCUCGCUGAAGACUGGUAUGAGCAGCAGAAGACCGACAACUACGAAUAUGACAGGUUGUUGGAGAUUGUCAAGCACGACUUGGAGAGUCUUGAGUUCAACAUCUAUCAUACCUGGAUGAAGGUGCUUAAGAAGAAGCUGCAUAAGAUGAUUGUUCCCGCAAUUAUCGAGUCGCAGUCGCUACCAGGCUUUGUCACGAACGAGAGCAACCGGUUCCUUGGCAAGCUACUCCAGACUAACAACGCCCCGGCCUUUAGCAUGGACAACCUGCUCAGCCUGCUGAACAAUGUUUACAAGGCGAUGAAGGCUUACUACCUCGAGGACACGAUCAUCACUCAGACAGUCACCGAGUUGCUAAGGCUCGUUGGCGUCACAGCCUUCAAUGAUCUCUUGAUGAGGAGAAACUUCCUCUCCUGGAAACGCGGUCUUCAAAUCAACUACAACAUCACCCGCAUCGAAGAAUGGUGCAAGUCACAUGACAUGCCUGAAGGUACUCUCCAGCUUGAGCACUUGAUGCAGGCAACCAAGCUUCUCCAGCUCAAGAAGGCCACGCUCAACGACAUCGAGAUCAUCCAGGAUAUCUGCUGGAUGCUGUCACCUAACCAGAUCCAGAAGUUGCUGAAUCAGUAUCUUGUCGCGGACUACGAGCAACCCAUUAACGGCGAGAUUAUGAAAGCGGUAGCGUCGAGAGUGACGGAGAAGAGCGAUGUUUUGCUGCUCACAGCUGUGGAUAUGGAAGAUUCGGGCCCGUAUGAGAUUGCGGAACCGAGAGUUAUCUCAGCGUUGGAAACCUAUACACCUUCUUGGCUUCAAACUCCUAGACUUAAGCGCCUCGCGGAAAUUGUGAGUCAGCAAGCUAUCGCGCAGCAGGAGAAACUGGAAUAUGAGCAGACUAACGGCGAUGAGAAUGGGUUGGGGAUGAACGGUCAUGAGGCUAUGAUUGAGGAAGAAGUAGCUGCGUAGAGAGAGCAUCAAGAUUCCUUGUUUUUGAAUGGACGGGACUGGGGUGGGUUGAGCGCAGUAUUUUCUAUUUUAGACGUCUAAACAUGAGAGAUGAUCAAAACCUGAUGAGCUUCCGAAGCUGGAGUCGGGGCUGUAGUGUAGGCUAGGCCAGUCUAUAGUUUCCGCAUUAAGUGAGGAGGGGGUGGGUAGGGUACGCAGGCAUGAUGUUGGGUAUGUAAUGUGGAAAUGUCUUUGACUUGUUUGAACUCUUUUGUGGUUCUGGGAGGUUGAGUGGAGAUUCUUUUUGUUAACUUCAAUACCUGAUUGUGGUAAGGGUAUCGUUUGGAACACCUUUUGACGAGGAAGAGCUUUGUGGGAAAGGCUUGUUUGUGCAUAAUUUUGGGUGUGUGUCUGUAGGGAGGCAGUUUUUUUUUUAAUGAAUUUGAAUGCGGGACGGUCGAGUGAUUUAUC